AUGAGAACUCACUUUGGUCUCAAGGCUGCCUGGGCCAUUGGAGCCUUCUGUGCCCAAUGUACUGCUCAAACCUACCAACGUCUGGGUUCUUGCCCUAGAUUGGGUUGUAUCUUGCCACCAGAUCAAGCCGAUUUCCUUCCCGGUCAAUUCUUCGAUAUCCGAGUGGAGGUUCACGCCCCAGUCAAUGGAAGUGAAGUUGUGCCUGGCUACACCACUCCCGACACCGACUUCAGUCUUACCAUUGAGAGAGAGGGUCGUCGGGCCAGACCAGUUGCAGCCUUCUUCGACAUUCCGGAACCCCGGCUCGAGACCUGGAACUUCACCUGGUAUGAAGAUCUCUUCGCCGAGGCUGCUGAUACUCCAUCCCUGGUUCGAGUCGCGUCUAAGGCGUACCGACGGGUGGCCUUCUACGAGCCUGGCCAGUACAUUGCCACUUUGACCUAUCGAGGCACUUCACACACCUACGCCAACUGGACCGUGCGGGACAUUUCGCCUCGUCGACGAGCAAAGAACGUUCUCAUGUUCAUUGGGGAUGGUAUGACCACCAACAUGAUCACCGCUGCUCGCUUGAUCGCCCACCAAUCAAUCAACGGCAAAUAUCAGACCAAGAUGGCCAUGGACUCUUUCCCCAUGUUGGGCCACCAAAUGACCCAUUCAUUGGAUUCUUUCAUCACCGACAGUGCCAAUUCCGCCACUGCUCUCUACACGGGCCACAAGUCGACGGUCAAUGCGUUGGGCGUCUAUGUCGACAGCUCCGAGGACAAAUUCGAUGACCCCAAAGUGGAGACCAUCGCCGAACUCUUCCACCGUCUUCGCCGAGGUGGUGUUGGUAUCGUCUCCACUGCCUUCAUUGCCGACGCCACUCCGGGGGCUUUGACGGCCCACACUCCAGACCGUGGCCAAUACGGUGCUGUCGUCGACUCCUUCCUCAACGGUAUCACCAACUACACCUGGACCGACUGGUCUGGUCCCGAUGUUCUCUUCGGUGGUGGUGCCGAACAAUUCUACCCUGGAGAGGACUCCUUCCAAGGCAAGGACUACUACGAGGAAUUUGCCAAGAAGAACUACACCGUCGUCAUGAACAACACGGAAUUGCAAGCCGCCUCCAACUCAUCCAAGAUCCUCGGUAUCUUCUCCGUUAACAACAUGGCCAAAUGGCUGGACCGCAAUGUCUAUCCCGACAAUCUUGACAUCCCGGAGACGGCCCCCGACGGCUCCAAGGCCAGCGCCACCGAUCAACCAGGCCUCAAGGAAAUGACCCUCAAGGCCCUUGAGGUCUUGCACACCCGUCAUCCGGACAAUGGUUUCUUCAUUAUGUCCGAAGCCGCCAGCAUCGACAAGCAAAUGCACACUCUCGACUACGACCGCGCACUCGGCGAGCUUCUCGAACUCGACGACACCAUCAAGGCUUCGAUCAAUUACCUCGCUUCGAUUGGCGAGUUGGACGACACUUUGGUGCUUGUCACCGCCGACCACGGCCACGGCUUCGACGUCUUCGGCUCCGUCGACACCCGCUUCCUCAACGAACAGACAGAGGACCGUGAAAAGCGCGGCGCCAUCGGCACCUACAAGGCAUCUGGUCUCUCCCAGUACGUUGUCGCCAACCGCUCCGCCCCCAUCGGCAGUGACCAGAACCUCGUCUAUGGGCCUGGCGUCAACUUCCCUGCCAACUGGGAUCCACGCUACACUCUGGCCCAGGGUGUAGCCGCUAAUCCAGAUCACCGGGAGAACUAUCAAGUGCACAAGAGCGGUCCGCGCCUCCCGGCUUUGAAUAUCACCGGUUUCGACGAGGAGGAUUUCUACGUCAACUAUGUUGAUGCCGUCACCGGUUUCAUCGUCAAUGGCACGCUGCCUGUUGAAGCUGAUCAAGGUGUUCACUCUCUCACUGACGUUCCGGUCUUCACUCGUGGUCCUUGCACCGAUUUGUUCGGCGGUGUCUAUGGUAACAUUGACAUUUUCUUCGGCAUGGCGGAGUGUCUUGGCCUGAGUCGGACAUCUCCCCCCUAG